AUGGAUGACAUCGGACAGGAAGGUAGCAGCAUCGACUGUCCUGGUGAGGACAAGGACACACGCAACAAUCACCCUGCAACUCCCCCUGGUGGCUCACCUUCGCCUACGGCCACAGCCACACCCAAACCUGUCGGUGGCAAUGGGGGCAAUGUUUCUACUACUCCCCCUCCUCAAAAAUCUGGCAACUACUCGCACAAGAUCCUCGGCACCCACGACGUGUUCUGGACCUGCAGCCUGGAGGAAUUCCACGCCAUGACGGACGAGCAGUGGGCCUCCUUCGGCACCGCCUUCUACAAACCCCCGGAAGGCUUCAGCUCGGCCACAAGGCACGUUGUGCAGCUUGAGUGA